UGUCAGCGCCAGGGGCGAGGAGGAGGAGGGAAGCGGCUGUGCCCGGGAGGAGCCUGGGCAGCGUGAGGCAGCACAUUCUCCCAGCCGCAGCAGCAGCGGUAGCGAACCUGCUGCAGUAAGGGGGCACCACCAGAAAUCGCAGCAGCAGCAGCAGCAGCCAUUUGGGAUCCAGCCUGCCUGUGAACGCCGUGCUCUGUCCACCUCCUUCCUCCCUGCUGCCCGGGGCCGGGGGAGCGCCGCGCACAGCCGGAAGCCCGUUCCACAGCUGGCGGGGAGCACAGCAAGAGUCAAAAUGUCAGACAAAAGUGAUUUAAAAGCUGAGCUCGAGCGCAAAAAGCAGCGUUUAGCACAAAUAAGAGAGGAGAAGAAACGGAAGGAAGAAGAAAGGAAAAAGAAAGAGGCUGAUCAGCAGCAAAAGAAAGAGCCAGUUCAGGAAGAUUCGGAUCUAGAUCGUAAAAGAAGAGAGACAGAGGCUUUAUUACAGAGCAUUGGUAUAUCCCCAGAACCACCUCUAGUCCCAACCCCUAUGUCUCCCUCUUCGAAAUCAGUGAGCACCCCCAGUGAAGCUGGCAGCCAGGAUUCAGGAGAUCUGGGACCAAUAGGAAGGACCCUGCAGUGGGACACAGACCCCUCAGUGCUGCAGCUCCAGUCUGACUCUGAACUUGGACGCAGACUGCACAAGCUAGGUGUGUCAAAGAUUACCCAGGUUGAUUUCUUACCGCGGGAAGUGGUGUCCUACUCCAAGGAGACACAGACACCUCUUGCUACACAUCAGUCUGAAGAGGAUGAAGAUGAUGAUGAGAUUGUGGAACCCAAAGCACGGAAUGACUCAGAGAUGGAAAAUCAAGAACAGAAACACGAGGUGAAAGAAGCUCCUCCUAGAGAAUUGACAGAGGAAGAAAAACAACAGAUUCUCCAUUCAGAAGAAUUCCUGAUAUUUUUCGACCGGACAAUACGUGUAAUUGAGCGAGCUUUGGCUGAAGAUUCAGACAUAUUCUUUGACUACAGUGGCAGAGAUGUAGAAGAGAAAGAUGGAGAUGUUCAAGCCGGAGCCAACCUUUCAUUUAAUCGUCAGUUCUAUGAUGAGCAUUGGUCAAAGCAUCGCGUUGUCACCUGUAUGGAUUGGUCUCUUCAGUACCCUGAAUUGAUGGUUGCAUCUUAUAACAAUAACGAAGAUGCUCCACAUGAGCCAGAUGGAGUGGCCUUAGUUUGGAACAUGAAGUUUAAGAAAACCACACCAGAAUAUGUUUUCCAUUGUCAGUCCUCUGUGAUGUCUGUCUGCUUUGCACGUUUUCACCCCAACCUGGUUGUUGGUGGAACAUACUCUGGCCAAAUUGUCCUGUGGGAUAAUCGCAGUCACAGGAGGACUCCAGUUCAGCGUACACCCCUGUCUGCUGCUGCUCACACGCAUCCCGUGUACUGUGUAAAUGUAGUUGGAACACAGAACGCGCACAAUCUCAUUACAGUUUCUACAGAUGGCAAAAUGUGCUCCUGGAGCCUGGAUAUGCUCUCAACACCACAGGAGAGCAUGGAGCUGUCCUACAAUAAAUCCAAGCCGGUGGCAGUUACAGGAAUGGCUUUCCCAACAGGAGACGUCAACAACUUUGUGGUUGGCAGCGAGGAGGGUACCGUCUACACGGCUUGUCGUCAUGGAAGUAAAGCAGGAAUUGGUGAAAUCUUUGAAGGCCACCAAGGACCUGUCACGGGGAUCAAUUGCCACAUGGCAGUGGGCCCAAUCGACUUUUCCCAUCUCUUUGUCACAUCAUCAUUUGACUGGACAGUCAAGUUGUGGACCACAAAGCACAACAAGCCGCUCUACUCCUUUGAAGACAAUGCAGACUAUGUCUACGAUGUCAUGUGGUCACCAGUGCAUCCCGCGCUCUUUGCCUGUGUGGACGGGAUGGGGCGCUUGGAUCUGUGGAACCUGAAUAAUGACACCGAGGUUCCAACAGCCAGUGUGACAAUUGAAGGAGCUUCUGCCCUCAAUCGUGUUCAUUGGGCGCAGGCUGGGAAAGAGGUAGCAGUUGGAGAUUCAGAAGGCCGCAUCUGGAUCUAUGAUGUUGGAGAGCUCGCUGUUCCACACAAUGACGAAUGGACCCGUUUUGCUCGGACAUUGGUUGAAAUCCGUGCCAACAGAGCAGACAGUGAAGAGGAAGGGACUGUAGAAUUGUCUGCCUAGAGAAAAGGAGGUUUCCACUG